UUCAAGGUCCACUGUUGCAAUUUUUCGUAGUUCGGCUCAUUGUUGACAGCUGAUUUUUUCAGAUUUUUACGAUACUCUCGAUUAACUUCUAGAAUUUUCGCUUAAAUAUAUCAAAUUUGUAAUCUAUCAAUAUUACGUGGAUCUGUGACAGUUUCCACAACGGAGACUCUCAGGCAGUGCGUUGGAUUGUACACUUUCUGUCUAUCGAUUCUGGUGUUAUCCGCAAUGGCCUGGCGUUCGCGGGGGCUCAGUAAUGCUGAUCUAAUUCGUCAGUUGCAAGAACAUGGCAUCAUUAAAAGCGAGGCCGUUGCACAAGCCAUGAUUGCCACCGACAGAAAAUUCUACGUUGCAAGUAAUCUAAAUCCGUACAUUGAUGCACCCCAACGUAUCGGUCAUGGCGCAACUAUUAGUGCUCCACAUAUGCACGGUUACGCGUUGGAACUUCUGGAGAAAAAUCUAAACAAGGACAGUAAGGUGCUAGAUGUGGGUUCUGGGUCAGGAUAUUUGACAGCAUGCUUUGCUCGUUACAUACACAAAGCGGAAAAUGCAUCCGGAUUUGCUGUUGGCAUAGAGCAUCACCCAAAGUUGGUGGAACUUGGCAGGAACAAUAUGAACGCUGAUGAUGAAACACUAUUGAGUACGGGAAAAGCAAUACUUGUUGAGGGUGACGGUCGUAAAGGAUGCAAGGAGUAUGCUCCGUACGAUUGUAUUCACGUUGGUGCUGCAGCCCCCGAGACUCCCCAAGAAUUAAUUACCCAGCUGAAGCCGGGAGGUCGACUAAUUGUUCCGGUAGGACCGGACGGAGGUACCCAGUAUCUGGAGCAGUAUGAUAAAGACUCUGAUGGGAAAGUAUCCAAAACACGUCUAAUGGGGGUAAUGUACGUACCGUUGACGGAUUUGCACACGUGAUGCUUGAGUCGGGGAAGCUUUUGGCUCGGAAUUCGGGCGUUGUUGGUGCUGGUGUUGCUGCUGCUGUUUGUAUACUCUCUCCAAAGAAGAUUCUCAUCGAUGUAGAGUAAGGCGGGACCGAUUCCCUACAUUUUACAUCCCCGGAAAAUGGACUUUUUUGGAUGUUUGAUUAUUGAGUUCCACACUAUUUUUGAUAUACCAGAGUGGCUUGUGGCAGCUGCUUGGAAAACUAUGAUCUAUACGCUUUGAACGCUGAAUUAUUUAUUCGUUGUGUGUUCAAUAUGUGAGUAUUUUGUGAAUAAUUAUGCUAGGUUGUAAUAAAUUGCUCUGAUAUUAGAAAAAAUACAUAAUUGGCUUCUAUUUA